UGGGUGCACUGGAAGAGGCUCACUUGUCAGAGGCUCGCGCCUCGAUUCUCUGGUUCUGAGGCUCGAGCUCAGCGUUGCCAGAUGAGCGAGAGCCAUUGCACCUCGAAUGGAAAACUUGGAAUCAACCAUUGCAGCAUGAUGUAUAAAAUGAACGUCACACUUGAUCUGUCUCCUCGAUUUAUUUAUUUUGACAAGUAUUUGAACGUAAUUUAUUGUUAUGCACGGAUUUAACGUACCAAAAAAGAUGAGCGGAGAGGCUAUUGUUUUCAAAACAUCACACAACAACUGCGCGCCCCAUUCUUUCAGCAUGAGAAGAAGAUUCCCCGCACGUCUGAUCUGAUGCCCUUCUCUUUCUCCCUGAAGUUUGGAUUGCUGACACUACAAAAGGAUGGAGGGUCGAGAUUUCGCCGCCCCCGCACACCUUCUAUCGGAGCGGAGUGCGCUGGUGCACCGCGCGGCGACGCGGAUCUCCUCUGCUGGUCACAGCUCUGUCCAACACGCAAGUCAUUUUCCCGCUGGAAAAUACUACCCAUCGCACAUACAGAUGCCCUCGCAUUCAGGCAGUGGACUGGUGGGAAACUCCUCUUCCUCCUUCAUGGGCUCCUUCCUGGCGGGGGGGUUGGGCUCGGCCUCGUCACACCCCCCGCACCCCUCCCGGCCCCCCUCCUCGCCUUCCUCACACUCCGGCACCUCUCAGAUCUGGUUCUCCCACCCGCAUGAAGCCGCCACAGGGUACCCGCGUUUCUCAGGGACGUUAACUCACACCUUCCUCCCCAUGGGUCCUCUCGAUCACCAUGCCAACGGCGGGGUCCUUUACGGACAACAUCGUUUCUAUGACACCCAAAAAGAGAAUUUCUAUUUGAGAGGGCUGUCCUCGCAGCCCCUGCUCUCGGCCAAUCACAGCGUGCCCCCCAUGCCAAGGUCGGGCCAAGGGCAAGGGGGCGGGGUUAGUGCCAAGACUCCCGAGCGAGGCAUGUCCCUGUCCAGCCGGCAGAAGGAGCAGCCAAUCAGCAGUAAGCAGGAAGCCAAGCACAGACAACAACAACAACAACAACAGCAACAGCAGCAGCAACAACAACAACAACAGCACCAGUCCCAUCAGCUUCAACAGGCACCACAGAACAGCCAAGGCCCGCAUCCACACCAUACGCAGUCCCAGCCCCAGCCCCAGGCCCAUCCCCAGCCCCAGCCCCAGCCCCAGCCCCAGCCCCAAUCCCAGCGGCAGCAUCAGCACACACCCCAGCCCCCCCAUCAGCACCACCACAGCCUGCACCACCAGCACCCUGGCGCCCCCCACCCCUCCCUGGGCAUGGAGGACGGCAGCAGCAUGCACCCAGGAUCAGGAGCUCCCCCUCCACCUCCACCUCCGCAGGGCAUGGCCACUCCUCUCAGCGCCUGCCUGCUCAACAGCAAAUCUCCCAGCGGCCAUUGCGGCGCAGUGGGCCCCAAGAGCUCCAGCUGUGGUGAAGGCGUAGGGGGGCCGUUCCCCGAGCGCAUACGAGGGGAGAUGCGGAUCAGUGAGCAGCCCAUGUCCCAGGCCCCGAACCCGGCAGACUGUGUCCAGAGGGAUCAGAACCUGCAGCACUCCCUGCCUUCCUACGCAAUCCCCCAUACCCUGCCAGGCGCAGGGGGCGCGGGCGGGCACCCUCGAGGCUUCCACUGCCUACAGUUCCACCCGCACCACCCUCACCACCCUCACGGUCACUACAACCCCCCUCACCCCCACCCCCACUCACACCCGCACCCGCACCCGCACCCGCACCCGCACCUCCUGUACCCGCCUCACCCGCAUGCUCCACCCCCUACCUUACCCAACCCACCCAUGCCCCACAGGACGGGUGCCGUGCCAGGGGAGCAGAAGGCAGGUGCGGUGCCAACGUUUGGGCCCGGUGGUGGCGUGGUGGUGGGUCAACAUGGGGAUACCAACAAGGGCAGCCAACCUUUCCAACAUGGCAACCCCGAGUGCCAAGGCAUGGGGGCGGUGGGUGGCAGCGGGGGGAGUAGUGCCAAAGAAAAGGCCUUGGCGAAGCAAGGGGGUGGUACAGGUGACGGGCACGCACAGGCAUGGCACAGAAAACAGAUGCCCUACAGGAAGGCGGAGAAAGGACCCGACUGGCCACUGACGCAUCCGCAACAGCAACAGCAGCAGCAGCAGCAGCAGCAGCAGCAGCAGGCCCAACAGGCUCCGCUCCAGAACCGAACCCCCCACGCGUCCCCUGCACGCUCCCGCAGCGCCGACCCAGACCCCUCCAGAACCCCUGGCGUCCUACCUGUUGGCGGUCAGCAGCAGCAGCAGCAGCAGCAGCAGCAGCAGCAGCAGCAGCAGCAACAGCAGCAGCCCAAGGCCAGCCACCCCCAGCAGCAACAGCAGCAACAGCAGAUGUAUGUCACCGCUCAGGCCUACCGGGACUGCUCACACCCACAGCCAGGCCACCCGCCUCCUCCACCCACCCACUCGCCCCUGACAACAAAGCCCCUUGAUGGGCGCGGCGCCAGCAGCGGUGGUGGUGGUGGUGGAGGAAGUUGCUCCAUGCACAGGGAGGGCCAGAAGGUUGCCAGGAUACGACACCAGCAGCACGGCCGAGCGGGUUCCAUCACGCCCGUCCAGGAGACCCAUCCCCAGCAGCAGCAGCCCCAGACCCCCGGGGGUCACGACCCCAAGAGGAAGAUGGUCGACCUGGGUCACAGUGGUGCGCCGCCCCACGGCCUCAGCCAACCCAACGGCAACCAGAACCCGACGACGCACCCCCACAGCCACAACCCCAACCCCAACCCCAAUCACGGUCAUAGUCAUAACAACACCAAUCAUACCCACCACAGCUCAAAUCACAAUCACAACACUAGUCAUAACCCUAACGCGAGCCUGCAGUACAGCUACGCCAGGCAAGGGCACCAGACUCCAGAGGUGCAGCCCUGGAUCGGUGCUCCACAGCGGCCAGACACCCAGACACAGACCCAGGCCCAGGCACCAACACAGACCCAGCGGCAGCCACCACCGCAGGCUGCCGUGGCCUACAUGAACCCCAUCGUCAGCGGCCCUGGAGUGCGGCAGCAUGGCCCGGCCGCCAUGGCAGCACCCCCUGCUCCCGUUCCCCCCAUCCCUUCGGGCGCCGGUGGGGUCGCCCCCUCCACCGCCCCUGCCCCUACACUGGCACACAGCAACAGGCCCACUCAACAGGGGCCACCAACUGACUCCGGUGGGCCAAUGAAGACCCUGUUGAAAUACACCAACCAGCCACAACAGCCACAGCAGCAGCAGACACCACCACAGUCACAGUCCCAACCACCGCAGCCCCAACCUCAGCCCCAACCUCAGCCCCAGUCCCAACCUCAGUCCCAGCCCCAGCCCCAGCCCCUGUCCCAGAAGACCCCCUUCGGAGGCCUGGGCAGCCUCAAGGGCAGCUGCUCCCUGCAGGGCACCAAGACGGCGCUGCCUCCCCGCCGGGCGUCCUCCAGCGAUAGCCAGCGGGCCGACUGCGGUGGCGGGGGCAGUGGCGGCGGCGCGAGGGGUCGGGAGCUGAGCGAGGCGGUGCACGGGGAGGGCGGCGAGGUGAGGCAGCCUCCUGUGGGCAUCGCGGUGGCCGUGGCCAGGCAGAGGGAGCCCCCGUGCCGCCUCACCGAUGCCCAGACCAGAGCCAGAGGACCGCCCGCCAUGGUCAAAGGUGAGGGUGACCUCGUCUUUCCAUCUGCACUCCUUUCUCCAGGAUACACUUUCCCAAACGAACUGCCCGAGGAUGAGAGGCUGAGAAUGCGCGAGCACAUGGCCCUUCACAGAGACCCUUUCAUCCGGGAUAAUAAAGACAGGCUGGAAUUCGCCCGGAUUCAUCCCUCCAACAGUUGCCAUGGAGACCUGGGCUCGCACCUCAUGGGCUCGGAGCAGACUGCACACGCUCACUCGGCCCACCACCAUUGGAUGGCGGCGCAGCCGGGUAACCCCUCCCUCUGGGUGUCCGGCCACUCCUACGGCCUGAGCCACUCUGCCCUGCACCAGAGCCUCCCGCCGGGCUUCCCCUCCUCCGUGCCCCCUCCUCUGCAGCAGGUGCUGCCCCUACCACAGGAGCCCCCAGCACUGGUUAUGCUCAACCCGGAUAACACACCACACACACCCUCACACCUGGAUGUGAUGGACUCCUCGGCUCUCUGGCCCCCAGUGUUCCGCUCUCAGGCUCCGGCCCACAUGCAGCAUCCCGCCGUCUUCUCCCGGCAACAGUUGCUACGGCAACAGGAGCUGUAUGCACUACAACAGCAGCAGCAGCACCAGAGUCAGCAGCCGCACAGACACAACCAUGUGCAGGUGCAGCGUAAGCCAGAGGAGGGCGCUGUGGAGUUGCAGGACAUCUUGUCAGAGCCCCAAAGCCCAGCAGCCUCGGCCCCAGGCACACCCCACUACUACGGCCAGCAGCAGCCUGGCAUGUCAGCGCCCUCCACCCCCCACUCACACCCACACUCGCACUACCCGUGCCUGCCACCCCACCACCACCCCCACCCCCAUCCCCACUCGCGCCCACACUCCCAAUCGCACCCCCAGAGCGCCCCCUCCACCCCCUGCUCCGCCGCCAUCAGCCCCGCUCCCUCGCUGCCCUCCAAGAGUGCCGAGCAGCAGGGGCAGCCGCCGCACGACUACCCACAGUCUCUGGAGCCUGACCUGCCCCCUGGGUACACCUACCCAGCCAUGAACAUCGCCUACAGCGGAGACCCCUCCCCUCAGGACGUGCCAUUGGCCGAGCCUGCCGACCUGAACGCCAUUCAAGCCGAGCCCAGCGAACACGCCCCGCCUACCCUCUCCGGAUUGGCCGAGGGGUUCGAGUGUCAGACGGUGCGGCCUCUGCAGCACCACGAAAUCGUGGAGGACGGAGGAGUGGUAGAUGACGAAGACGAGGAGGAGGAGGAAGAGGAGGAGGAGGAGGAAGAGGAGGUGCUGGGGCAGGAGCAUGAGAAGCAGAUGGCUACUGUGCCUGGGGGCGUGUCCGGUGGUGUGGUGGUGUCAUCGGUGGGAAGCAGCGUGCCGAUUGGUUGCUGUGCUCCCCUGGAGCUCGACUCUCGCCCCGCCUCCCAUCCCGUCAGUCCUGUAGCCGAGCCUCCUGCCAGCGUGGAGAGUGUCAUAGAGCUGCCGGCCUGCCGCGAACAAGCUGUGGUGACCUUUGACCCCCUGUCGACCUCUGGUGACCCCUCGGUGACCCCGGUGGCCCCGGUGCCGUGCGAGCCUGUGGUGAUCCCUGCUGAGGGGGAAGAGGGAGAGGGAGCAGCAGCCUUGAGAGAGGAGAGUCAGGAGCCCUCAGAUGACAUUGCCUCCUCUGCUGCUGCCUGUGACCUGCCCGUCACCCCGCAGGACUCCCUACCCAUCCCAGACGCCACUACUGUGGAGCCGGAGCCAGCCCCAGUCCCAGUCAUCAUCACCUUGGACCCCGAGGACGCACCUCCAGACAGCAGCAGCAGCAGCAGCACAGCCGUCUGCGAUCACGACCCCGCCGUGACCUCUGAACCCCAGGCGACCUGUGGGGAGGAGGACGAGGCCAACAGCAGCAGGGAGGUCAUGGAGGGUUCAGAGCAGCAGACAGCGGGCCAGGAAGAGGACAAAGCCCUGGAGGAACACCUAUCCCAGGAUGCAGUGCACCUUGUGGAGGAGGAAGGAGAAGGGGCGAUGGGGGAGGGGCAGGAGGGGGAGACGCGUUGUGAUUCGCUGAGCUGCUGGAGCCUGGAGCUUCUGAUCGCGGCGGCGUUCUGCGGUGACGCGCCGCCCCCCUCUCCCGCUCCCCUGGCCCCUUCAGCCUGCCCGCCCCCACACCACGGCAUGGAGCUGCUCAGCGAACUGGCAGAGCUACAGCUGCAGCAGAAGCACACGGAAGACGCCCAGGACGAGGAGGAGCUGACCUUUGACCUGCGUAGCCUGGCAACCCUGGCGGUGGCGCGGGCACUGGAGCUGGGCGUGGGUGCGGUGGGCAAGCUGGGUGAUGCCAAGCCAUGCCUCGCCCGGCGAUCCGUCAACCUGCGCAGGAAAUGCAGCUGGACCCCACGACACGAACAGGCUAGUCCGGUGAAGGCGGGCAUGGAGGCGAGCGAUGGAGAGGAGCUGGCGAUGCGGGUGAGGCUGGCAGAGUUACAGAGACGCUACCGAGAGAAGCAGCGGGAACUGGCCAAACUACAGAGGAAACACGAGAACCAGAAAGAGGAGGCUCCUCGUAGUCCAGUGCGUAGGGGCCCUGGUAGGCCCCGUAAGCGUAAGCUGGCCCCCAGCCUCAGCAGUGGCACCAGCACCGACCAACAACGCAGGAACAAGCCGGUGUCCUCAGGCCUGUCCCUGUCUGGAGGCCCCCAGAAGAAGAGAGCCAAACUCAGCAGCCAGGACUCCGGACGACUCAGCUCCACAGAGAGCUCAUCUGUGGGGCGUGAGAAGCAGGGGUGUGUGGUGAGACAGAGGCAGGGCAGGAGGCAGAGGGAGGAGAACGCCACGGACAGACACACCAACACCACCAACGAAUCAGAGGGCCAGAGUGACACAGACAGCUGGCAGGGUGGCUCUGCGUGUAAGAGCCUGAGCAGGAGGAAGAGUCCGGCCUCAUCUUCCUCAUCCUCGCGGCCGCAGCUCUGCAGGGCCAGACACUCCAGAAGCAGCAAACAGGAAGUGAUGUCACCCUCCGACAGCCAAUCGUCUGGCCAGGAGGAUGAGGAGGUGGACAGUGAUGACAGCGAUGACGGACAGGACCUCAGAGCUCCGCCCACCAGCGAUAUCCCAUCAGCCCUAGCGGUGACGGCGGCCACCCCCUCCUCCGUCGUCAAGCUGGAGGCCAAUCAGAAGGCUCGCAAGAAGAGAGAGAGGCAGGAACUCUACGGCGACUCGGUGGCUCCGGUUGGCGCUGACGAGGAGGUGAAGGUGCGCAAGAGCGCCCCCUGUGAGGCUGGAGAGGGUACUGUGGUGAAGAGGAAGAGGGGCAGGCCCCGCCGCAACCCCAACGACCCCCGGCUGACCUCCAGCAGCAGCUGCAACGAGAGGAUGAGGAGAGGCAUGAGGAGGAGCACCCUGCUCAGGAGGAGCAGCUGGUCCCCCACCUGUGACUUCUCCUUGAGGAGCAAGAGGAACAGAGACAGACAGGCUCGAUCGGUGGGUCAGCUGCUUAGGAGUUUGGCAGCAGAGGAGGACUUCACUCUGGAUGGAGACAGCAGCUUCUCAGAUGACGACAUCAAAGUUCCCCUGCCUAACUGUGUCUUGGCCAGAGAGAUGCUGGUGGAGGGUCUGAAUAUCUUGAUCUCUAAGGAGGACGAGCUGCUGUACGCUGCAAAGAUCCACAGCCACCACGGCUCUCCAGACUAUUACAGUGUGGUCAUUGAUGGGGAGAAAGGCGGCCAUCCCAAGAUCUACUCUCGAGAAAAACUGCUGCAGGGAGCGGUGUUGGAUGUGUGUCCUAAGAGUGAGGCGAUGCUGAGAGAGGGGACCAGAGUGUGUGCCUACUGGAGUGAGCGCUCACGCUGCCUCUACCCUGGACACGUACGCAGAGGUGCCGGGUCAGCAGCGGGGGCUGAUGGGAAGGGGGGCGGGGUCAUGGUGGAGUUUGAUGAUGGAGAUCGGGGACGCAUCGCUCUCGCUCACAUACGCCUGCUGCCUCCUGAAUACUUCAUACAGUAUGUGCAACCUGAGCGCCAUCUGGUGGAUGGCUUUGGAACAAUCAGGCAGAGCUUACCCCCGGCCCAGCAGAAUGACAUGACCAUCAUUCAGAAACCAAAGCGAGGGAGGCCUAAAGGCUCUGGUAAGAAGAAGGCCUCCCCCAGCCUCCCCCCAGCCCUCAACUGGUCCUCCUCCUCCAGACGUUGCCAGGAGAACCUCUUCCAGCUCGGCCUCUCCAGAACCUCCUCCCGCUUCCCACACACCCUCUCCUCCUCCUCCUCCUCCUCCACCAUCACCUCCUCCUCCUCUUCUCAUCCCCCCGUCCACAGCCUCUUCAGCAGCUGCUCCUUCGCCGUCGACUCCUUCUCCUCCAUCGCUCGGAGCUACAGCUGCACCUCCUUCUGUGGUGCUGCAGGCCAGCCUGGCAUGGUUACUCCUCAUGGAGGAGAUGGAGGAGGAGGAGGAGGAGGGCACAGGGAGCCAGGGGCCUCAUCCAGGAGGAGGCACCACCUUGAGGAGGCUCUGGAGGUGUCACGAGGAAGAGGAGGAGGAGGAGGAGGCAGGAGGUCAGAGUUCAUGGUGAAGUUGGACCACGAGGGCAUGACGGCUCCCAAGACCAAGAGCAGUAAAGUGCUACAGGCCCAGAGAGGAGACGCAGCAGGAGGGAGAAGAGCAGGAGCAGGAGGAGGAGGUGCUGUGCCCAGACCGGAGGCCUACACCCACCCCGUGCUGCUGGUGGAGGAGAACAGGAGGGACGGCCACUCGGGCCCGGAGCUGCUCCUGCUGAAGGGGUCUCUGCACCACAGGAGGCUGGCACCUCCCUCGCCUCCCCUGCAGAGGGCCAAGUGUGAGCAGGGCUGGGGGCGGCAGGGGAGCUGCGGCCCUUACGGCAGCAUGGACCGGGGGGAGCAGAGUAAGAGGGGGGUGGUGGGGGGCUCUCGAGGGCCGUCCGCCACCGCCGCGGGGGCAGGGGCGGGGGCUGGACAGUACAUGUCGCGCCUCUCCCGCCUGUCCUCCUCCUCCUCCUGCUCCUCCUCCUCCUCCUCGGCCUCCUCUUCCUCCUCCAGCCUCUGCUCCUCCGACAACGACUCCUCCUGGAGCUCCGACGAAGAGGAGGAGGAGGAGGAAGAGGAGGGCUCGGCCCCGUCCACUCCCACCAUCCUGCUGCGCAGCUGCAUGCCUACCCAGCAUGCCCUGCUCCCUCCGCCCGCUCCCCCCGCCGCCUCCAACAGCUUCUCUGGCCGAUCGUUCGUGGCCAAAGCCCUGGCCAUGUCCACCAGCACCAACAACAGCGCCAGUGGUAGCAGUAACAGCAGCAGCAGCAGCAGUAGUCGGAGUAGCUCUGUGGCGAACGGGAAGAGCCAGAAGAGGAGAGAGAUGCCCCUGUCUCUGUCCCGUCCCCCCUCACCACCAUCACAUAUGGGGGGCAAGAGAGCCAGGCUGCAGGGGGCCGACUUCUACUCCGCCUGCUCGGCAGUGGAGCAUACAGCAGGCAAACAGCAGUGGAAAUGGGUCGGGACCCCCACACAGAGGCGUGGUCUGAAGGGGCGGGCUCGUAAGCUGUUCUACAAGGCGGUGUCGCGGGGCAAGGAGACGGUGCGCGUGGGCGACUGUGCCGUGUUUCUACCACCGACGGCGGGCCAGACUCGCCUGCCGCAGGUGGGCCGGAUCCAGAGCUUCUGGGAGUCCUGGAGUAGCAGCAUGGUGGUGAAGGUGCGCUGGCUGUACCACCAGCAGCAGCAGCAGACCAGCACAGGCCCAGGGAGGAGACACAGAGAGGACAAGCAUGCACUGUACCAGUCGAGCCACGAGGACGAGAGCGACGUGCAGACCAUCUCCCAUAGGUGCCAGGUGCUGAGUCGGGAGGAGUACGAGCGCGUGUGUCGCAACAGGAAGUCGGGUGACGGGGGACAGGAAGUCUUCUACCUGGCAGGAAGCUACGACCCCAGCAGCGGCCAGAUGGUCACUGCACACGGCCUGUCCAUCUUCUGCUGACCACACCAAAUCAACCAACCAACCAACCGUCCGACGGCAGACAUUUCACUCAACAUUUCAUUCAUCAUUUCAUUCUACAGUACAACUACUACUGCUACAGUUACAGUACUACUGCUACGGGUCCACAGCUUCACUCCCUCCACAUGUUUAACCGUUCAACAUCAUCUCUGUACUUAGUUUAUUCUCUGUACCUACAAAGCAUGGGACCAGAGACAGACGCAUGCACGUGCGUACACACAUGCACGCGCACACACGAACACACACACACGCACACUCACGCACGAACACACACAGACAC